GGGCCGCGGCGCAGCGCGGGAAGUCCAGAUCCCGCGGCGACCGGAGCAUGAGCCUAGAGCGCGAGCUUCGCCAGCUGAGCAAGGCGAAGGCCAAGGCGCAGAGGGCCGGGCAGCGGCGCGAGGAGGCAGCGCUUUGCCACCAGCUGGGGGAGCUCCUGGCCGGCCAUGGCCGCUACGCCGAAGCCCUGGAGCAGCAUUGGCAGGAGCUGCGGCUCCGGGAGAGCGCUGACGACCCCCUGGGCUGUGCCGUGGCCCACCGCAAGAUCGGAGAGCGCCUGGCCGAGAUGGAGGACUACCCGACUGCCUUGCAGCACCAGCACCACUACCUGGAGCUAGCACAUUCCCUGCACAACCACACGGAGCUGCAGAGGGCCUGGGCCACCAUCGGCCGCACCCACCUGGACAUCUAUGACCAUUGCCAGUCGAGGGAUGCUUUGCUGCAGGCACAGGCUGCCUUUGAGAAGAGCUUGGCUAUUGUGGAUGAGCUGGAGGGUGGGCAGGCCCCUCCUCGUUUUCUGCCUCCUGAACUGCAGGCCGAAGGCCCAACACCCCCGCAGCCUCCUUGGGCGAUCCCGUCUUCUGGGGCCCUCCCUUUGCAGGGCUCUUGUGUGAGGGGUACAUGCCCUCCGCAACCUUUCCCCUGGAGAUCCUCAGCUCUUUAUCCACUCUGUGCUCUGUCUGUAGCAGGACCUUUGCCCCAACAUAGGGAAGAGGGAGAGGGUAGGAGAGGCACUGCACAGGCCCCAAAUGGGGCCCAAAGCUGGAAACCGCAUGUGGGGAGGAAGUGGCUGAGUGGGGGGCAUCUUCCAGGGACGCUGGCUCAGGGAGAGCUGAAUGAGAUGAGGACCCGCCUCUACCUCAACCUGGGUCUUACCUUUGAGAGCCUGCAGCAGACAGCCCUGUGCAAUGACUACUUCAGGAAGAGCAUCUUCCUUGCGGAGCAGAACCACCUUUACGAGGACCUAUUCCGCGCCCGCUACAACCUGGGCACCGUCCACUGGCGCGCAGGCCAGCACUCCCAGGCUAUGCGCUGCUUGGAGGGUGCCCGGGAGUGUGCGCACACCAUGAGGAAGCGGUUCAUGGAGAGCGAGUGCUGCGUAGCCAUCGCACAGGUCCUCCAAGAUCUGGGAGACUUUUUGGCUGCCAAGCGAGCCCUGAAGAAGGCCUACAGGCUGGGCUCCCAGAAGCCUGUGCAGAGAGCAGCUGUGUGUCAGAACCUCCAGCACGUGCUGGCAGUGGUCCGACUGCAGCAACAGCUGGAAGAGGCCGAGGGAAGUGACCCUCAGGGCGCCAUGGCCAUCUGUGAGCAGCUAGGGGACCUCUUCUCCAAGGCAGGAGACUUUCCCAGGGCAGCUGAGGCUUACCAGAAGCAGCUACGUUUCGCUGAGCUGCUGGACAGACCAGGUGCCGAGCGGGCCAUCAUCCACGUGUCCCUGGCCGCCACACUGGGAGACAUGAAGGACCACCGUGGUGCUGUGCGCCACUAUGAGGAGGAGCUGAGGCUGCGCAGCGGCAACAUGCUGGAGGAGGCCAAGACCUGGCUGAACAUCGCACUGUCCCGUGAGGAGGCUGGCGAUGCCUACGAACUGCUGGCCCCGUGCUUCCAGAAGGCGCUCAGCUGUGCCCAGCAGGCCCAGCGGCCCCAGCUGCAGAGGCAGGUCUUGCAGCACCUCCAUACCGUGCAGCUGAGGCUGCAGCCCCAGGAGGCCCCUGGCACCAAAACCAGAUUACAGGAACUCAGUGUAGAUGAAGAUGAAGAUGAGGAGGAGGAGGAGGAGGAGGAGGCGGCAGCCACAGCGGAGUGCAAAGCCCUGGAGGCCAGCGAGGUGGAGCUCUCAGAGAGCGAGGACGACGCCGAUGGCCUGACCCCGCAGCUGGAGGAGGACGAGGAGCUGCAGGGCCGCCUGGGCCGGCGGAAGGGGAGCAAGUGGAACCGGCGGAACGACAUGGGGGAGACCCUGCUGCACCGAGCCUGCAUCGAGGGCCAGCUGCGCCGCGUCCAGGACCUCGUGAGGCAGGGCCACCCCCUGAACCCUCGGGACUACUGUGGCUGGACGCCUCUGCACGAGGCCUGCAACUACGGGCAUCUAGAAAUUGUCCGCUUCCUGCUGGAUCACGGGGCCGCAGUGGACGACCCCGGUGGCCAGGGCUGCGAAGGCAUCACCCCCCUGCAUGAUGCCCUCAACUGUGGCCACUUUGAGGUGGCUGAGCUGCUGCUUGAACGGGGGGCGUCCGUCACCCUCCGCACUCGAAAGGGCCUCAGCCCGCUGGAGACGCUGCAGCAGUGGGUGAAGCUGUACCGCAGGGACCUGGACCUGGAGACGCGGCAGAAGGCCAGGGCCAUGGAAAUGCUGCUCCAGGCAGCCGCCUCGGGCCAAGAUCCCCACAGCUCCCAGGCCUCCCUCACCCUCCCAAGUAGCCUUCUGUUUGACCCUGAGACCUCUCCUCCUUUGAGCCCCUACCCAGAACCCCCCUCUAAUAGCACUAGACCCCCAGAGGCCUCUCAGGCCCAUGCCAGGGUCUCCCCAGGGCAGGCAGCACCAGCCGUGGCCAGGCCUCGGAGGAGCAGGCAUGGGCCAGCCAGCAGCAGCAGCUCGGAAGGUGAGGACAGCGCAGGCCCCCCACGGCUGUCCCAGAAGAGGCCUCGGUGCUUGGCCACAGCACAACAGGUGGCAGCCCGGACGCCUGGCCCUGCCAGCAACAAUGAAGCAGCCUCAGCCAGCACCAGCCGGGCAGCCUACCAGGCAGCCAUCCGGGGUGUGGGCAGUGCUCAAAGCCGGCUGGGGCCUCGCCCACCGCGGGGCCAGAGCAAAGCCCUUGCCCCCCAGGCAGCGCUCAUCCCGGAGGAGGAGUGCCAGGCUGGAGACUGGCUGGAGCUGGACACGCCCCUGACCCGCAGCCGCCGGCCCCGCCCCCAGGGCACUGGGGACAGCCGCAGGCCUAGUAGUACCUCCGGGUCGGACAGUGAGGAGAGCAGGCCCCGUGCCCGAGCCAAGCAGGUCCGCCUGACCUGCGUGCAGAGUUGCAGUGCACCAGUCAAAGCAGGGCCCAGCAGCCUGGCUUCAGAAGCCCCAGGAAGCCCCAGCACCGCCAGGAUCUCAGAGCCCAGUGGGGACAGCUCUGCGGCAGGCCAGCCCUUGGGUCUGGCCAUGCCACCUCCCAUCCGGGUUCGAGUUCAAGUUCAGGAUCAUCUUUUCCUUAUCCCUGUCCCACACAGCAGUGAGACCCACUCUGUGGCCUGGCUGGCUGAGCAGGCAGCCCAGCGCUACUACCAGACCUGUGGGCUGCUGCCCAGGCUCACCCUACGGAAAGAGGGGGCCCUGCUGGCCCCACAGGACCCCAUCCCCGAUGUGCUGCAGAGCAAUGAUGAGGUGUUGGCUGAGGUGACUUCAUGGGACAUGCCCCCGUUGACUGACCGUUACCGCAGGGCCUGCCAGAGCCUGGGGCAAGGGGAGCACCAACAGGUGCUGCAAGCCGUGGAGCUCCAGGGCUUGGGCCUCUCAUUCAGCGCCUGCUCCCUGGCCCUGCACCAGGCCCAGCUUACACCCCUGCUGCGGGCCCUCAAGCUGCACACAGCACUCCGGGAGCUGCGCCUGGCAGGGAACCGGCUGGGGGACAAGUGUGUGGCUGAGCUGGUGGCUGCCCUGGGCACUAUGCCCAGCCUGGCCCUCCUCGACCUCUCCUCCAAUCACCUGGGUCCCGAAGGCCUGCGCCAGCUUGCCAUGGGGCUCCCAGGCCAAGCCACCUUGCAGAGUUUGGAGGAGCUGGACUUAAGCAUGAACCCCCUGGGGGACGGCUGUGGCCAGGCCCUGGCCUCCCUCCUGCGCACCUGCCCCUUACUCAGCACCCUGCGUCUACAGGCCUGUGGCUUUGGCCCCAACUUCUUCCCGAGCCACCAGACAGCACUGGGUAGUGCUUUCCAAGACGCUGAGCACCUGAAGACCCUGUCCCUGUCCUACAAUGCCCUGGGAGCCCCUUCCCUGGCCAGGACCCUGCAGAGCCUGCCUGCCCGCACCCUCCUGCACCUAGAGCUCAGCUCCGUGGCAGCCGGCAAGGGUGACUCAGGCCUCAUGGAGCCCGUAGUCCAAUACCUGGCCAAGGAAGGCUGUGCUCUAGCCCACCUGACCCUGUCUGCAAACCACCUGGGGGACAAGGCUGUUAGAGACCUGUGCAGAUGUCUCUCUCUGUGCCCCUCACUCAUCUCGUUGGAUCUGUCUGCAAACCCUGAGAUCAGCUGUGUCAGCCUGGAAGAGCUCCUGUCUACCCUCCAAAAGCGGCCCCAAGGCCUUAGCUUCCUUGGCUUGUCAGGCUGCGCCAUCCAGGGUCCCCUGGGCCUGGACUUGUGGGACAAGAUCGCCGCGCAGCUCCGGGAACUGCAGCUGUGCAGCAGACGCCUCUGCGCCGAGGACCGGGACGCCCUGCGCCAGCUGCGGCCUAGUCGGCCGUGCCCCGGAGAGUGCACGCUGGACCACGGCUCCAAGCUCUUCUUCCGGCGCCUCUGACCCCGGCGCCGCCUUUCCCCACCCUCACCGAAGCCCCUAAUAAACGAAGCUGCUGGCCGG